ACCUGUGUCAGGUCCUCCCGCCUGGAGACUCAUGACGCGGCCCCAGUUCUCACUCCCAUUGCGUGUCCGGUUUCUAGAGGAGCCAAUCAGCGUCUCCGCGGUUCCCGGUUAUAAAGUCUCCACCACCGUCCGGAACUCAGAUUCUCCCCAGACCGCGAGGAGAAGGGUGACGAUGCCUCCAACCUUCCUCCUGCUGCUCUCGGGGGCCCUGACCCUGACCGAGACCUGGGCGGGCUCCCACUCCCUGAGGUAUUUCCUCACCGCCGUGUCCCGGCCCGGCCGCGGGGAGCCCCGCUUCAUCGCCGUCGGCUACGUGGACGACACGCAGUUUGUGCGGUUCGACAGCGACGCCGCGAGUCCGAGGGCGGAGCCGCGGGCGCCGUGGGUGGAGCAGGAGGGGGCGCAGUACUGGGAGCGGGAGACGCGGAUCUUCAACGGCAACGCACAGACUUUCCGAGUGAGCCUGAACAAACUGCGCGGCUACUACAACCAGAGCGAGGCCGGGUCUCACACCCUCCAGUGGAUGUCUGGCUGCGACGUGGGCUUGGCCGGGCGCUUCCUCCGCGGGUACAGUCAGGACGCCUACGACGGCGCCGAUUACAUCUCCCUGAACGAGGACCUGCGCUCCUGGACCGCGGCGGACACGGCGGCUCAGAUCACCCGGCGCAAGUGGGAGGCGGCCGGUGAGGCGGAGAGCAAGAGGAACUACCUGGAGGGCACGUGUGUGAAGUGGCUCCUCAGAUACCUGGAGAACGGGAGGGAGACGCUGCAGCGCGCAGAAGCCCCAAAAAGACACGUGACCCAUCACCCCGUCUCUGACCGUGAGGUCACCCUGAGGUGCUGGGCCCUGGGCUUCUACCCUGCGGAGAUCGCCCUGACCUGGCAGCGUGAUGGGGAGGACCUGACCCAGGACACAGAGCUUGUGGACACCAGGCCUGCAGGGGACGGGACCUUCCAGAAGUGGGCAGCUGUGGUGGUGCCUUCUGGAGAGGAGCAGAGAUACACGUGCCAUGUGCAGCACGAGGGGCUGUCUGAGCCGGUCACCCUGAGAUGGGAGCCAGCUUCUCAGUCCAUCAUCCCUAUUGUGGGCAUCAUUGCUGGCCUGGUUGUCUUUGUGGUCACUGUAGCUGUGGUGGCUGGAGCUGUGAUGUGGAGGAAGAAGCGCUCAGGUGAAAAAAGAGGGGGCUACACUCAGGCUGCAGGUAAGUUUGAGUCGGGUUGAUCUCUGAGACCAUUGGGAUGGUGUAGACGGAGCCCAUGGGGGAGCUCACCCACCCCACAGUUCCUCCUUUAGUCUCAUCUCCUGUGGACCCUGACCAUGUCCUGUUCUGUUCUACCCCAGGAAGUGACAGUGCGCAGGGCUCUGAUGUGUCUCUCACAGAUCCUAAAGUGUGAGACAGCUGCCUUGUGGGGUACUGAGUGAUGCAAGAUUUGUUCACGCUCCCACUUUGUGACUUCAAGAUCCCCUGACUUCUCUUUUUACAACUGGCAUCUGAAUGUGUCUGCGUUCCUAUUAGCAUAAUGUGAGG